UAAAUAAGACCGGAGUUACAUUAAGCACUUCUGUUCAGCCAUCAUACACAAUCCAGGUGUAAAGCAAGGCUAACAGAAGGCAUUAAACAAAGCAAAGCACAAUUUCCUUCUUUCUAAGAGAACACAAAGAGCUGAACUGCUGCAUUUUUACUGGAGGAAGUCUGUGUUUGGUCUGUAACAUAUGCAGCUUCUGCAUUUCUCCCACUUCUUGAUGUUGUAAUCACUGGAACAGAUCAGAGUCCUGCAGCAGUCUGCCUUGAGCACGUGCUGUGAGUGAAGCAAACGUGAAAUCCUACCACACUCGCUGACAUCGGUGAGGAGGGCUGCUGAGUCGUCAGUCUCACAGACUGUCAGCUGACACUUUAGUUGCAUCAACGCAGAAAUUAGGGAAAUAGCAUGUCGACUCCUCUUUCUUUUCAGUCAAAGUCUGACAUCUCGUCUUUUCAGAAUAUGUCGACAGACGGAGUCCUCACCACCCAAGGAAAUUUCACUUCGUUGUGUCCUAAUGGGUCCCAGUGGGUUUGGAAAGGGCUUGGGGAGUGUGCCCAGGAUGCGAGGGAUAUGGCCAGCAUCUACCUCGGCCUCCUGUCCAUCCUCUGUUUCAUGGUGUCUUCACUUCCACAGUACUAUAGCUCAUGUAAAACGGGGAAUAUGGACAGUGCCCUCUCUAUCUGGUUUCUGCUGCUGUGGCUGGGAGGUGACUCCUGCAAUCUGGUGGGCUCCUUUUUGGCAGACCAGCUUCCACUUCAGACAUAUACAGCCAUUUAUUAUGUUCUGGCUGACCUGGUGAUGCUGGCCAUGUACACAUACUACAAGAUAAGCAACAGAGUGGCUGAACGUAGGAGGGUUUUGAAUGUGGUGGGUUUAGUCUGCAUCCUCGGCUUCACCGCAAGCCUCACUCCCCUCUCGGGAGAAGGCAUCCAGCAGGAAAUGAUCUCCUCUGGGUUCAGAAGUCGCUCCUUGCUCUCAACCUCUGAUGCCAGCUCAAUCCAGGCUUUCACCCCGAAAGAGAUCAUAGGUUUCUCCAUCGGUUCAAUCUCGUCAGUGCUCUACCUCUGUUCCAGACUUCCACAGAUGUACACUAAUUUCAAGAGGAAGUCUACAGAGGGAGUGUCUUACUUCUUGUUCGCUUUGGUUAUCCUGGGAAACACUAUGUAUGGCCUGAGUGUCCUACUGAAAAACCCUGACCAGGGCCAGGGUGAGAACAGCUACCUCGUCCAUCACCUGCCCUGGCUCAUCGGCAGCCUCGGCACCCUCUCCUUAGACCUCAUCAUUUCAGUCCAGUUUCUAAUUUAUCGCAAAGCUCGGCCACAUGUGGACGUCAGCUCUGACGAGACAAGGCCUCUGAUCAGGGCCUGAGCAACACCCUGAGAGUACUGGAGGGACCUCAGCUACCACUCUCCUACAGUGAAAUCUUCACAAUCCCUGUUCCAGCACAACUUCAGGAUCAAGACAAACUGUACACUUUAAUUUUAUAGUUUUAUUUAUUAUGCAUGAAUACUCUUUGUUUACAGUGGGUUUUUUUAAUCUACAAAGUACAGUGACAGCUGAUUUUAUUGUUUUAAAGGGACAGUUCAGAGUUUCAAAUGUUGGGCAUAGAAGGAAACUCCUCCCGUCACCCUGAACUCUCAGUUUAAUGUCAGACCAUAUGUAGAUGUCAGAAACAUGCUGGUGGGAGUCACUGUACCACAUGGAGGUUUUUACUGGUGCUUUUAAUUUGUCAAAUACUGUAACAGUUGACCUCUGACUCCAAUUGUGUUUACAAUGCUAACCUGUAACCUGCAUCUUUUGUUUCUAGGCAGUGAUGUGUCUGACUGGAAAAGAAGGAAUUCAUAUUGACUCAGUUUCAGCCAGAAAUAUAACCUUACGCAAAAAGCCUUUCAAACAUUUUUUAACUUGUAAUCUUAAAGUCUUAUUAUCCCUUCUAUUCUCAUAUCCUAUACUAGUUUUGAUUGCACUAGUGGUAAGUCUUGUCAGAUGUUAACUUUCUUGCUCCAUUCGUGCAUUUUCAUCUUCUCAGUUUUGCACAUUUCACCACAAAUGUUGGUUUUGUACUUUGUUAAAUACAGACCUGAUCAAAAUCUUAAGACCAGUUGAAAAAUUGCUAGAAUUUACCUUUUGCACAUUUGUAUCUUAAUGAGGUUUUAAGUAGAGCUACAAUAUGCAAAAGCAAGAAGGGGGAGUGUGACAGAAAGCACUUUGAAAAAGUAAUUUAUUGAAAACAAGUAAACUGAAAUGGGCUGUUUAUCAGCUGAUCAAAAGUUUAAGACCAUCGCUCAAAAAAUAACAAAAAACUCUCCUAACCAGAACAAAAAAUGUUCUCCGUAAGACUUAGUAAUGAGUAGCUCCACCGUUCUUGUUAAUCACUUCAACAAUUCGUUUGGGCAUGCUUGAUGCGAGUGUUUCCAGGAAGCUUUUGGGAACAUUGAUCCAAGUGGUGAAGAUGGCUUCACGAAGGGCAUCAGCUGUCUGGAACUGAUGGCCAUUUUUAUAAACUUCCCUUGCCAUCCAUCCCCAAUGUUCUCGAUGGGAUUUAAAUCAGUGGAACAUGCGGGACGGUCCAAAAGAGUGAUGUUAUUCUCCCUGAAGAAGUCCUUCAUCAAGGGAGCAUUGUGAACUGCAGCGUUGUCCUGUUGAAAAACCCAGCUGUUACCACACAGACGAGGGCCCUCAGUCAUGAGGGAUGCCCGCUGCAACAUCUGCGCGUAACCAGCCGCCGUUUGAUGACCCUGCACCACCUGAAGCUCCAGUGUUCCACUGCGUGAAAAAGCACCCCAGAUCAUGAAGGACCCCCUCCACUGUGCCGAGUAGAAAACAUCUCAGGUGGGAUCUCCUUGUCAUGCCAGUAACUUUGGAAGCCAUCUGGACCGUCAAGGUUAAAUUUUUUUCUCAUCAGAGAAUAAAACUUUUUUCCACCUUUCAAUGUCCCAUGUUUGAUGCUCCCUGGCAAAGUCUAAAUGGGCAGUUUUGUGGUGUUGAAGAAGACGAGGUCUUUGAAUUCGUUUUUGAAACCCUUUUCCUGCAGAUGCUGUCUGAUGAUUAUUGCGCUGCAGUCGGCACCAGUAAGGGCCUUAAUUUGGGUUGAGGACUGCCCUGUGUCUUGACAGACAGCCAGUCGGAUCCUCCAGCUCAGCGCAGGUGUAAUUUUUUUUGGGUCUACCACUUGACUUUUUUGUUCCAUAAUGCUCAGGAUCUUUCAAAAAAUUUAGAAUGACCUUCUUAUUGCGUCCAACCUCGGCAGCAAUGGCACGCUGUGAGAGGCCUUGCUUAUGCAGCUCGACGAUCCGACCACGUUCAAGAAGAGAAGGCUUCUUAGCUUUAGCCAUCAGGAGGGCAUGACUGUGUGAAUGGCUGACAGAAAAUGAGAAUUUUAAGCAGAUUUUGGCUUUUAUAAGCCUGUGGUCUUAAACUUUUGAUCAGCUGAUAAACAGCCUAUUUCAAUUUACUUGUUUUCAAUAAAUUACUUUUUCAAAGUGCUUUUUGUCACACUCCCCCUUCUUGCUUUUGCGUGUUGUAGCUCUACUUUAAACCUCAUUAAGCUCCAAAUGUGCAAAAGGUAAAUUCUAGCAAUUUUUCAACUGGUCUUACGAUUUUGAUCAGGUCUUUAUAUUUAGUGUGUCUGUGUCCAGUAAAGAAUAAAUAAAUGAUGAAAUCUUAACUGUCA